AUGAUAAAUUUGCAUGUUGUUCUAUCCAUUCUUCUGAUCCUCACGGUAUCUGAGGCCAACCGUAGCGUAAGCCCCGGUGCCACAGGCGGCGCCAGAAAAACCCGCCUACUCGGCCCCUCUCGCCAUGCAACCAAUCUGGGCCAUGAGUCAAAACCGCGAGUCCUGGGGCCCGGCGGUCCGGGCCACUUUCAAUCUCCGGUCUCGCAGACGCCAGUCAGAGAGUCUGGCAGUCAAGCCGUCAGUACCACCGCCCAGACUAGGCAGUCGACAAGUCCAGCCAUCACCGGCGCCACCGUCUCCAUGACCAACCUUGGUUCAAGUGGCACCACCUCGCGUUGCUAUGAUCGCCGGCCAUACCAUCGCCAUCACCACAGCGGGCUCAACUUGUCUCAAUCGGUCACCGCCUCGUCAACACCUCCUCCAGCGGUCUCAGCAACCCGGCCGCCGGGCUACUCUCCUCCCCUGGCGCCACCAUAUGCCCAAAGCCUCCAUUUCCAGUCUCGUCAGCCGGCUCCGCUACAAGGCCAGCCUCAGCAACGUCGUGUACAAACGUCCCAACAGCAGCAACAACAACAACACCAACAACAAAGCGACUCAUCCGGCCACGAAUUAUGUCCUCCUUCCAAAACGACUAGCCAACAGGCUUCGUCGGCCGCGGUGUCAACAGCAAGUCCGGCUGCUGCAGCCCUCCUCAAUCUGCUUGCCGCCCAAUGGCCCGACUAUUACUCGGCCCUUGUUGCUGGGGGCCAUUCUGCCCGACCUAGCCUUCCAGCCGCCCCCUCCUCUUACUCUUCUUCCUCCUCAUCCUCCUCUUCAUCCUCCUCCUCUUCAUCAACCCCUACCAUCGCACCCGCCACCUCCACCGCUGCUACCAUCUCUCCUGAACCUUCAGGAGCUUCUACAGGGUCUACCAGACAUUUGGUCACAGAAAGACAACUCUCAGCUCCCGAUGAUCCUCGAUCAAUGAUGCUUCCUACAGCAGCCAGAUCAGGUUCAUUUGGUGACGAAGAUGACGAAAGUCGUGUUGAUGAUGAGGGUGUUGAUGAUGCUGCUGAUGAUAAAGAGGUUGGAGAGAACGGGAAAGAUGUCGACGAUAGGAAAGUGAAGAAAGAGGAGAGCCGUAGUCUUCGGAGUGAAGAUGACCCUGCCGCUGUAUGGCAGUAUUCGUUGUCACGACAAAUUUUUCAUCAGGCCGCCAGACUAGCUGCUUCAGCUCGACUUAGCCCCAGCAAUUUAACUUCGUGUCAACAGACGCUGUCACCAUCUGCCCCUACGUCGUCAUAUUUUCCUCUUCCGAACGCCACGCCGCAAACAGACGACCCAAUCACGACGAUCUCGUCUCCACCCGACUCGACUUGGAUGUUACACCCGAGCCUACGUGGUAUCCAACAGUUCAGUGGGAGGCUUCGAAGCCGGAGUCAUCAAGCCCAGGAGCGCAGAAUUCGCAAAAUGCGAAGAAGUGUGCAUCACCAGUCGACUCCAGGAGCAGGAACCCGACACACACGAGCGGGGGCCAAAUCCUGCCUUGGAUACAGGCUUGGAUCUGAGCUUUGUGGGGAUGACUCGGAAAAGGCAUGCGGUGAAGGAGACGAAGUCGAAUCGGACGACGGAGAAGACGGAGAAGCAGAGGAGAGGGAGGGUAUGAAGAGGACAAAAAUGGAAAGCCUCAUGGAGGACGAUGAUUGUCCCGAGUCCGAUAUGGAAAUCGAAGGAAAAAGUGACUAUCAAGAGCCUGAAGUAGCACACGCCAGAGAUGAAUGUGAUGAAAGAAAAAAGGCAGUAGAAGAAACUGAGGAGGAGACUGAAGCUUCCAAGAGGCGAAAGGAAGAGAAAUGGAUGCCUUGGAAUCGAAAUGGAAUACAAAUUGGCCACUCGUCGACCAAACACGAGGAGCCAAUGGAAGCCGAGACGGAGGAUGGAGGUUUGAUGUCGUGCAGCUCUUCUCUUGAAGUUGGUCUGAGCCGGACAAAUUCAUUUGCUCUGCGAACUCGACAGCAAAGACCGUCUCAGCUUCAACAGCUUCAGGUUGGAGACGAUCGCGUGCCGCCGGUGGAGAUGUCCCCCUCCUCCUCCAUGCUGUCUUCCUCCGCCGCCAGCACGAGCGCUGCAGUUGCCAUCGCAACAACCGCUGCAAACAACGUCUCCUGUAGCACAAUCUCCAGUUCACCCUUGAAAACGCUGCCCGGCAGCGAAACAACUCCAAGCGGUGCCACCUCUACGACACCGAAUGGAAAGUCGUCAUGGUUGUCAGUGUGCCAUUGA